AUGAAGACAUUUAUACUUAUCUCCCUCUGGGCACUAGCUGCGGCAGACCCUAUAGAUUACUACAUCACAGAUAAUACUGGGCUGGAUAUAGAGGCUUUAGCCGCACAACCUCUUAAUAUGAUCAGUUAUAUUAACUGCUUUCUAGACAGAGGACCCUGCUGCAGGGUGGGAGCGAGUUAUAAAAAAAAUCUUGCAGAGGCGGUAGCACAGGCUUGCAAGAGAUGUAGUCCAGAUCAAAAACAGUUGUUUUGGAGGUUCCUCCAUAUAAUUAAACCCGUAUUCCCUGAGGAUUACAACGAGUUUUGGAAGAAAUAUGAUCCUGAACAUAUAUACUACGAACCUUUGAUGAAGGAGCUAGAAAAAUAUAAACCAGUAUCUUUACCCUUCUUACCAAUACUGUAA